ACUACUGAGUGGGAGGGGGAAAGAGGGGAAGGAGGAGGAGGAGGAGGGAGAGGGAGAGGAGGUCUCGCGAUAUGAGACGGGCUGAGGAGGGGGGGUGGCACCUCCUCCUCCCUCCUCUUCGCGUUAGUUCCGGUCGCAGAGGAGCCACCGCCGCAGUUACCGCCACCUCGGGGAUUUCUGGCUCUUUUCUCUCCGCCUUAAAUUCGGGUGUCUUUUAUGAAUAAUCAAAAGCAGCAAAAGCCAACGCUAUCAGGCCAGCGUUUUAAAACUAGAAAAAGAGAUGAAAAAGAGAGGUUUGACCCUACUCAGUUUCAGGACUGUAUUAUUCAAGGUUUAACUGAAACUGGCACUGAUUUGGAAGCAGUAGCAAAAUUUCUUGAUGCUUCUGGGGCAAAACUUGAUUAUCGCCGAUAUGCAGAAACACUCUUUGACAUUCUGGUGGCUGGUGGCAUGCUGGCCCCAGGUGGUACACUGGCAGAUGACAUGAUGCGUACAGAUGUCUGUGUAUUUGCAGCACAAGAAGACCUAGAGACCAUGCAAGCCUUUGCUCAGGUAUUCAACAAGUUAAUCAGGCGAUACAAAUACCUUGAAAAGGGAUUUGAGGAUGAAGUUAAAAAGCUGCUGCUAUUCUUAAAGGGUUUUUCAGAGUCUGAGAGGAACAAACUGGCCAUGUUGACUGGGGUUCUUCUGGCCAAUGGGACACUUAAUGCAUCCAUUCUUAACAGCCUUUAUAAUGAGAAUUUGGUUAAAGAAGGCGUUUCAGCGGCCUUUGCUGUAAAGCUGUUUAAAUCAUGGAUAAAUGAAAAAGAUAUCAAUGCAGUAGCUGCUAGUCUUCGAAAAGUCAGCAUGGACAACAGACUGAUGGAACUUUUUCCUGCUAACAAACAAAGUGUUGAGCACUUCACAAAAUAUUUUACCGAAGCAGGUCUAAAAGAACUUUCUGAGUAUGUUCGGAACCAGCAAACCAUAGGAGCUCGAAAAGAGCUACAGAAAGAACUUCAAGAACAAAUGUCACGUGGUGAUCCAUUUAAGGAUAUAAUUUUGUAUGUCAAGGAGGAGAUGAAGAAAAACAAUAUCCCAGAACAGAUCGUUAUAGGCAUAGUCUGGUCAAGUGUAAUGAGCACUGUGGAAUGGAACAAAAAGGAGGAGCUGGUAGCAGAGCAAGCCAUCAAGCAUUUGAAGCAAUAUAGCCCUCUACUUGCUGCCUUUACUACUCAAGGUCAGUCUGAGCUGACUCUGUUACUGAAGAUUCAGGAGUACUGUUAUGACAACAUUCACUUCAUGAAAGCCUUCCAGAAAAUUGUGGUGCUUUUUUAUAAAGCUGAAGUCCUGAGUGAAGAGCCCAUUUUGAAGUGGUAUAAAGAUGCACAUGUUGCAAAGGGGAAAAGUGUCUUUCUUGAGCAAAUGAAAAAAUUUGUAGAGUGGCUCAAGAAUGCAGAAGAAGAAUCUGAGUCUGAAGCGGAAGAAGGCGACUGAAUUGUGAAAAACUACAAGCUCAGUAAAGCAAACAGGAGUUGUAGAUAAAAUGUCAUGUCUCAUGUGUCCUUCUGGUUCUUACAUCUUCCUACCUCCCUGUAUCAAGCAUGAUAUAAGGGCUUUCAUGGCAAAUUUAUUUUAACUGUUUUCUAUGGUUACUGAAAAAUGUUGGGUUUAGUUUUUAAAACCAUGUUUUAAGUAGCUACAGGAGCUAUAGAUUUGAAUCUAAUGUUGCAUUAGUCUUUUCAGUUAUCUUCUACCUCCUGUAUUUUCUACUGUAAUAAUGUAAUUUAAGGCCUUCCACAAUGAACAGUUCAUUUUAUUCCCUGGGUUUUCUAUAAACAGUUUACAAGACAUGAUUUGGUUAAAAACAAUUUGUUAUGGGAAUUCUGUUUGCAAAUUAAACUGUACAAGUAUCCAAAGUCAAAAGGCAAAUGACUUGUGUGAUAAUUUGGUAUGAAAUGAAAAGGCAGCAUUAAAUGGUGUUCAGAGCCCCAUUCAUCAGAUGAUAAUCUCCUAUGCUACAACCUCGAGGGUUAAUUUCUGAACAUUGAUUUUAAAGUAAAUUAGCUCAGUUGUUGAUAUUACUGAAGAAUAUUUCUGUUGACACUUAUUUUUUUGGCAUUAUUAAAAGUUUAAGUAAAAAGGGUUUCCAAGUAGCCUACAGCUAAAAUUUCUAUUACCUUUGCUCCCUAGUUUCUCACUUGUAAGUGAAGGAAUUGGUGAGAAGCAAUUCAGAAAAAUGAAGGCAGUACCAGUGACCAAAGGAGGUGAAAAGAAAAAACCGAAGAUCUCUUCAUUGUAUACUUUUCUGUAUUCAGUGUUUUAGUCAGUAAAAGUAGGUGAGCAUCUGCUGUGCCACCAUCUCCAGGUCUACUUACAAAUGUCUUGUUAAAAUAGCAUUGUAAUUUAUAGUUUCUUGCACUCUGGAGAACUUUAAGUUCUUACAAUAGGAAUCAUUAAAGGGAGUGCAUGCAAGGAAGUGACAAAUAUCCUAAAUUCAGCAAAAUUGUUUAAUAUGUUAAGUGACCAGUGUAUUAUAGAUUACAAAGAGCCCUUUUGAGACUCCAAGCCUAACCUUGUCAGAUCUGUCCUAUUGGCAUAGUCACCCUGUUUGUUGUAUUGAAAUGCAAUGAUGUGAUACCACUUGGCCAUACUGGACUGUCUUCAUUCUUUAGUGUAUACAGGGAUGACUUGAGCAUUUGCCUAAUAUCUACCCCAGUUGCCAUGUUCUUAUUGCCACAAGCCAAAAAGUUUCCUUUCCAGCUUUCUUUUUAUUCUGAUGGCUUACCUUUUUACUUUAUCUUUGCUGAUAAUUUGUCUUCUCAUAUAGCAUAGCUGUUAGAAGAUGAGUAGGUAAUUGUUGCCUCAUUUUUGGCAGCUAAAUUUUGUGGUAGGGAAACAAUAUUUUAAGUUACCAUUAUGAAAUAAGGUGUUCUUAACUCUUCACCAAAGCUGGAAACUGUCACCAGGACUUCAGUGAAAUAUGCCCUAUCUUAGCAUGUGCCAUUAAGAGCCAAGAAUUUGGUAUUUAAAAUUAAAGAUACACCUUGAAGAAAUGAAGUGUAAUAUAAUUUGAAAGUAUAAUAGCCUUAUAAGGAAGAGCAUUAUAACUGAUAGUCUUGUGAGUGGAGUGUAUGUUAAAAGUUUUCAUACGUAGAUAUUAUGUAUCUAAUAGGUUUCUACUGUAGUGAUCUGCUUCCUUUGUAAUUUGUAGUCCUAAAGACUUUUUUAAAAAAUAAAGGCCAUCCUUAAACUUAGGUUUAAUAGAUCCGUUUUUGUUCAGUUGGAACUUGAAAACAUCCAUGCCUAAAUGACUGGCAUUGUAUAAUAACACACUGAAACUGUCAUUGCAAUUCGUAACUAAUGUAAAUGCUACUUUCAUCUGAGUAUGUCCCAAAGUACCUAGAGGACUAAUCUAUGUGAGCUACAAUAAUUUACCGCCACAGUGAAAUUGCAUGUAACUACAAUACAAUCAAAAUUACUUAAAACUGUUUAGUUGCAUACUGUGUACAUUUAAAAAGGGGUAUGUGUGUAUGAGUGUGAUUGACUUUCCAAGCUGUCUCUUCCCUGAUCACAGAAGUCCUUUCCUACUAUUAAUGGCAUAGUUAGGAUUCGUUAAAGUUAUUACAUGGACCACUUAGAAAGUCAAUGAGUUUAAAUGAUGACUUAGCUAGGCUUAACUCCUUUAGUACUUGAGCUUUGUACCAGGUGCCAAGAUUCAAUAUGAGUGGUUUUUAUGAAACACAAAGGAAUGAAAUGAGGGGUUUGCCUGCUAUGGCAAUCAAUGAAUAUAGCAGCUAACCUCACAUUCUGAAACCAUCCCUAAUGGAAUGGCUAAUAAUACUGUGCUUUCAAAGAUGUUUCAAUUUUUUUUUUUUUUUUUUUUUUUGGUUGUCGAUGUGUUUCCUGACUGGUAAUAUUAAGAUAAAAUUUCAGCUCUGCUAAAGAUAUUUAAAAUACUUGAGCUAAGUCUGGGAUUAAGUAUUAAGAGAAAAUGUCUUCAACGCCAACAUUUUCCCUGUCUGAUUUAUUAAAAAUUGAAAGACAAAUUACCUACAGAACUUUGGGGGGGGGGGUUAAGAGAUUAAUCAAGUAGGUGGAAGGUAUUCAAAUGAAGUAGCUUAAGGGACUGAUUUCUUAAUUCAGUUAGAGUGUUAAUCUUCAGUGGAAGUAAUAUGGGCUUCACCUCUUCUGGUUUGUAAAGGUUUUUUUCAUGAGCUUAGUUUUCAUACUUUCAAGUUCUUCAUCAGAACUUUGUGAGACAAUGGAAAUAGAAAUGUUUAAGCAAAUUUUGGUCCCAGUUCUCUACAAAUAGCUAUUAUGAAUUUCAUAAUAAUGAGCAUUCUUUAUUGGUGAAAGUAAAAUAGAAUUAUGGCUAUAGUCGCUUUUGGAGAAUAGGAUUGAAAUUUGAGAAACCAGUCUUAAGUAUAAAAUAAUUUUAAAUUUCUCAGCUAGAUACUUGAAUAUAGGAUGUGCAUCUGUUGAUUAUUUGCUUGGAUACAAGCAAUUUCAGCCUUUUAUAUAAGGGGGAUAAUAUGCCAUUUUUCUUGCCCACUGUAAAACUGAAAGUCCAAUUCUGAUCUGGAUUUACAUAUAUUUUUUUUGUAGCUACAUGUCCACCCAUUACAAUUUCAGAUUAAUCUUUUCCUUGUGUAUUGUGUCCACAUGGACUUACUUAAUAUACUACUAUCAACUAGUAGUUGUGUUGUUAAACUAAUGGAUACUUUGCAGUUGAAUUUCAUUGAAAUUUAUAUAAUAGAAAUCCAGGAUUACUAAAUUUUGAAUACAAAAUUAUUCCUUCAUAAAAUAACAGCUGCCAAGAGCUAUUGAACAAGUUUUAAAAGUGAUUUCAAAUCCAAUAGUGAGUAUGUUGUACUGUUGGUUAAGCAAUACAAAGAGAUUUCUGGUAAACAGCCACUUUUCUACAUUUGCCCAAAUUCCUUCCUUUUUGCCUUUUCUUAAAAUCAUACACUUGACCACCUGGCAUAACUUUGUUCUCAAAAGUGUCACUAUUCACAUGCACCUAUAAAAGAGUGCAAUUUUUCUGGAAUCAAAAGAUUUGUUCACUUAGAGAUAUUGCAAGGUGAAAGGAGAGAGAUGUGCUAAAUACCAUCUAACUAAAAUAACUUCCUUAUUUCAUAAGGUUUUGUCUAGGAAUUUAUUAAAUAAAUACAUGCGUUAGUGUGAUCUUAAAAAUAACAGGAGGAAUAUUGUUUUUGCUUAGUGUUGCUUAAAAAUUUUUUAAAAAAAUUCUUUUAACUUGUAGGCAUUGAAUUAACCUCUGGGGAGUUAGCAUCUAUAUUAAGUGAUCAUUUUAUAUUACACUUUGUAGCUGCAACUAUAACACACUUGUCCUACCACUUGUAUGUAAGCCACCAAUAUUAUAUGCUUCUGUCUUUUUUCCCUAGAUUAUCUGUACCAAAGGUUCAGCCUUUUUUGGGGGGGGGGGAGCAAAAUGUAUACAGAUGGUUCUUUUCAAAUGAACUGUUAAUCUAUAUUGUAAACUAUUUUAAACACUGCAUUGGGAUUUUUUUCCCCAUUUUGGUAAUCUGGCUAGAUCACGCCUAAUAAACGUCUGAAGUGUAGGUUUGAGUGGAAAUGGUGGGCUAAAAAAAAUUAAAGCUUUCUUCCCAAGGAUUUAAUAGCUUAUUAGGAGUUCAGGUCCUGGGAUUACAUCUUAAACACAUACACACAAACAGUGAAUUUGGGGCUCUUGCCAGGUGAUCUCAAAUAACUGUAGUUGGGCACUAUCUAAAAUCAAGUUCAUUUGUAAAGUAUGACAAUUUCAGAGUGUCUGAGAAAAACUAGCCAGGAGCCAAGCAAUGCUGGUGCUUACAUUAAUACCAGAAAUAGCUUAUACUUGUUAAUUUUCAUUUUUGUGCUGCCAGACCCUAAAGCUCCUUUAAAUAUUGUAUUUACCUACAGGUAAAUAAACCUUGGCAGGAAACACCAAAGCAGCCAUUUUUUGACUUGUCCUCAAUAGUCUUUAAAUGUCAGAACAAUUUUGUGCUAUCCUACCUGAUUUCUCUAGCGUUGUAAGGUUUAAAUAUCUUGUAAACAUGGACACAGCAGUAAUGUUCCAAAUAGGAGGAAUAUAAAAGACAACAUUUCAAUGGUGAGUGAAGACUGGCAAACUAGCUAGCUCUUGGCACUCUGGAACAUGUCCACAACCUAACUACAGCCAUCCAACCCAGUAACUGUACUGAUGCCUAUUACUAUGUAUAACUGUGAAACUUGCUUCUUGUCUGUAUCCUUGAAAUUGAAAUAAAAUUUAAUGAGAAUCUUUGUUAAUGUAAAAACAA